GGCGCGGCGGACCGUGAGGCGGGGCCGGUGGUGGUCGUAGCGGCUGUGGGGCCGGUGCUUGGUUGGUCUGUCCUGUCACAGCGAGGUAUGAGUCGUCCUCGCGAGAAUUGUCUACAGGCAGAGCAAGGCCGAGGGUUGGCGUUCGGGGCUUCUCAAGAACCAGUGCCCUAAGGACUUUCGUUGUGUAUGAGGUCCGGAAGAGCAGGGACUCUGGGGCCAGCCUGCUCCCUCUUCCCAGAGCUCAUCGCCCAGGCUGUGACCUUGGUGGCUUCCUGCCUGGCCCGGCGCCAUGCACACGCUUGUGUUCCUGAGCACUCGGCAGGUGCUCCAGUGCCAGCCAGCUGCCUGCCAGGCCCUACCCCUGCUGCCUCGAGAGCUCUUCCCCCUGCUGUUCAAGGUGGCCUUCAUGGACAAGAAGACUGUUGUGCUUCGCGAGCUGGUGCACACAUGGCCCUUCCCACUGCUCAGCUUCCAGCAGCUGCUGCAGGAAUGUGCUCACUGCAGCCGGGCCUUGCUGCAAGAGCGCCCCAGCACAGAGAGCAUGCAGGCUGUGAUCCUGGGGCUGACAGCCCGGCUCCACACCCCAGAGACCGAGGCUGGCACACAGCCUCUCUGCAGCCUACCCGUGCUCCCAGGAAGCAUGCCCUGCGGGUGCUGGACAUGACGGGCCUCCUGGAUGACGGCGUGGAGCAGGACCCUGGCACCAUGAGCAUGUGGGACUGCACAGCAGCUGUGGCCCGCACCUGCAUAGCACAGCAGCAGGGCGGGACUGCGGAUCCUGGGCCGGCCCCCGUUCCUGUGGAGGUUCGUGUGGACCUGCGGGUGAACCGGGCCUCUUAUGCGUUCCUGCGGGAGGCGCUCCGGAGUAGCGUGGGCAGUCCCCUGCGGCUUUGCUGCCGGGACCUGCGGGCUGAGGACCUGCCCAUGCGCAACACAGUGGCCUUGCUGCAGCUGCUGGACGCUGGCUGCCUGCGCCGCGUGGACCUGCGCUUUAACAACUUGGGCCUGCGUGGCCUGUCUGUUAUCAUCCCACACGUGGCCCGAUUCCAGCACCUGGCCAGCCUGCGGCUGCACUAUGUACAUGGGGACUCGAGGCAGCCCUCUGUGGAUGGCGAGGACAACUUUCGUUACUUCCUGGCCCAGAUGGGCCGCUUCAGUUGUCUGCGAGAGCUCAGCAUGGGCUCCUCUCUUCUCUCAGGAAGGCUGGACCAGCUACUCAGCACCCUGCAGAGCCCCUUGGAGAGCUUGGAGCUGGCCUUCUGUGCCCUGUUGCCUGAGGAUCUGCGCUUCCUGGCACGGAGCCCCCAUGCUGUCCACCUCAAGAAGUUGGACCUUAGUGGCAACGACCUGUCCGGCAGUCAGCUGGAGCCUUUCCAGGGUCUCCUGCAGGCGGCGGCCGCCACACUGCUGCACCUCGAGCUGACUGAGUGCCAGCUUGCUGAUACCCAGCUGCUGGCCACGCUCCCUGUGUUGACGCGUUGUACCAGCCUCCGCUACCUCGGUCUCUAUGGCAACCCCCUGUCCAUGGCAGGCCUCAAGGAGCUCCUACGGGAUUCAGUAGUGCAAGCUGAGCUACGCACAGUGGUGCACCCCUUCCCUGUGGACUGCUAUGAGGGUUUGCCCUGGCCACCGCCUGCCUCUGUCCUGCUGGAAGCUUCCAUCAAUGAGGAGAAGUUUGCUCGUGUGGAGGCGGAGUUGCACCAGCUGCUACUGGCCUCAGGCCGUGCUCAUGUGCUCUGGACCACAGACAUUUAUGGGCGCCUGGCCGCGGACUACUUCAGCCUAUGACCUCCAGGCUGUCCUGGUGGUCAGGGCUGCUGGAGACCCUACCCUGCCUUAGGUAGACAGAGCCUUUUCUGGGACCCUGUUGGAGGCCUGACACAGAGGCGCUGGUCUCUGGUUUCCCUGCUUCCGGGGAACUUCGGGCCUUCCUGUGCUUUGCGCAACACCAUGCCAGGUUUGCACCGUACCUGUUCCCCUGACUGGCUGACUGUGGGCUUAAGGGCUGGAUUCCAGGCCUGAGGCCAGGCUCGGUUUGGGUGCACUUGUCUGCCCUCUGGUGUUCUGGUCCUCUCUUUGGAAUGUUUCUGGGGUCCCAGCUGUGAGCCAAGAGAGGGUGUUCUGUCUGGGCCCUUGCCAAGAACAGACUGCUCUGAGGUUGAAGUUGGAACAGGGACCUGCUUUUUAAGGGGGUUGGGUCCCCACCUGGGGCCCUUCAUGGUUCUCUCUGCCCUGGCAUCCAGGAGACCACCUGACUGGGCUUUGGAGCCAGAGGGUGUCAUUAAGGUACAAAUGUGCAGUGUGUUUGGAACUUAAA